GUGUACAGGUUUGUAUACGCAAUUAACCGCUGGCUGCUUGUACCGUUGGAGCAAAGACAGCCUUCUCUGCUGUGGCACUCAGACUUCACUCAUCUUUUAGUUGGGCCGUGUGCUUGCUUGUUUGCUAGAUUGGUGUAUUCAACUUACUUCUCUUGUUCUCAAAUUAUGAUCCACAUCUACUUUGGCUUGGUGCUCAGGUAUUUUUGAAAACCCUUGCCUACUUUUUCUCUCUUAGACAUCCUUUCGGCUUUGUUGAGUCUAACAUUUUUCCAAACAUCUUAACUUUGCUGGCUUUUUCUGACAGAAUGUGGCAAGAUUGCUUUCUCUGGCUUGAAAUGCUCUUUUCCUAGUUUUUUUAGUAGUUGAUUCUCCACUCCAAAACAAGUCUUCCUUCUUGCUGCUGCUGCUGCUGGUGACUCAACAGCCUGAAGCCAUAGGCUGGGACGUGCCUGAAUAUGAUUUUUGGGCUGGCUAUGCUGGUACAUCUUGGCAUUCUGGGUUAGUGCAGUUAUUUUACCCGGUCACGUUGCUUGUGACCAGCUGGUUUCUUCGCUGAGUAAGCCACUUUCCGGGCAGGACAAAACCAAGGAUGGGAGACCUGUCUGAAGAGCUCACUAUCAAAGCAAAACGGGCUUAUUCUUUUGGACUUCAAUCCUGAUGUGUACCUGAGUCCACAAUGCACCGCUUCUAGGAGACGACAAACAUGGAUGUGGAGAAUGGAGCUGCCUCCUGCACAAAAGUAUAAAAACGUAAUGCUGACUGUUGCUGAAAGGCUGGGAAUCCGAACUAGAGAUGAAUCCGGGGCUUUCUGAAUCAGGCCAGCAAGCUGCUCCCCACACCUUAACUAAGGAUCUCCCCAGAUUUCACCCAGUUGAUCCUCGGUUUUUCUGUUCCAAAUAAACUCAUUUCUGGUGGACUCUUAUCCAAAUGUCCUCUGAGAGAGACCUCCCCAGGGAGGCACCUCGGUAACCAGCCAUGGGAAACGUCUACAAGUACUACUUCAACAAGGACAAAAUCUUCCAGCACUACAACUAUACUAAGGAUAAGCUGGAGAAAGAUGAGUCUCCACUGACUCUCAUUGCCACUCUCACCAUUGUGCUCUGUUGCUUCAUUAUCCUGGAGAACCUGCUGGUGCUCAUAUCCGUCUGGAGGAACAAGAAAUUCCACUCUGCCAUGUUCAUCUUCAUUGGCAACUUGGCUUUUUCGGACCUCAUGGCUGGCUCAGCUUUCAUAGCUAACAUCGUGCUCUCGGGCCCAGCCACCUUUCGCCUCACUCCAAUACAGUGGUUUGUGCGAGAAGGCACUGCUUUUACCACCCUGGCCGCUUCGGUCUUCAGCUUGUUAGCCAUUGCAAUUGAACGGCACGUGGCUAUCACCAAGAUGAAGGUCUACACUAGUGACAAAAACUGCAGGAUGCUGAUGCUGAUUGGGGCCUGCUGGGUCAUCUCAGCCACCAUUGGGGGGCUACCCAUCCUUGGCUGGAACUGCAUGUCUGAUCUCGAGAAGUGCUCCACUGUUCUGCCCCUUUACUCUAAAAGCUACAUUGUGUUUGUGGUUACCAUUUUCACUGUCAUCCUCUUCUCCAUUGUGGUCCUCUAUGUCCGGAUCUACCGCAUUGUCCGCUCCAGCCAUGCUGAGAUAGCCAGCUCCCAGACAAUGGCCUUGCUCAGGACAGUUACCUGUGUCCUGGGGGCCUUCAUCAUCUGCUGGCUGCCUGCCUUCAUCAUCCUCCUAAUAGACGCUUCAUGUGCUACGAAGUCUUGUCCUAUCCUUUACCAGUCAAAGUAUUUCUUUGCCUUUGCUACCCUCAAUUCAGCCAUUAACCCCCUCAUUUAUACCCUCCGCAGCAAAGACAUGAGGAAGGAGUUUCUAAGGGUGCUUUGUUGCUGGGGGAUGAUGGGCCAGGGAAAGCCGGCAGAGCGUUGCAUGAUCCCUCUCCGCAGUUCCAGUUCCUUGGAGCGGUGCACUCCAAAACAGGAUCUUCCCACUUUAUCUUUCAUGAAGGAACAUUCCACGUUUGUGUGAAAAAGACACCAAGAAAGGAACUGUGGAGCAGCCAGGCAAUGGCAAAGAAUGGUGGGUGGGAUUGGACCCAAGAAAGCGGUACAAACCUGAUGAAUAUAUUGUCUUGGUAGUCAAAUCAACCUGCCUUGGACUUACAUGGAGGUAUCCAUUUGUUCACUAAGACCUGCACAGUAUUAAGAUUUUAUGUUAGGAGGUGUGUGUGAGACAGAGUGAUUGGCUGCUGAAUGGUUGAGUGACAUGAAGUGGAGAGGCCAGGUAGCUGCUGAGCUACCCAGGCUCUGAUUUGGUACGAUUCUCCUCUUUUCUAAAAGUUGCCCUUGCCUGUGUAUAGACCCACAAUUUUUUUUAACCUGCAUCUCCGAGCCAUUCAUUCUCUCUUUGCACAAAACAUCCACCCACUCUUCCCUGGAAAGCAAUUGGUUGCUCGGAUCAGUUAGGCCAUUUGCAAGUUUAGUUGAUUUAAACCAAUUUCAAUUUGAGGCACACAAGAUUGCAAGGGCUCAUAAUCCCAACCCCUUGAACCCUGGUUUACCUAUCUAGAGGUAGUCCUUGACUUAUAACCGUUCAUUUGGUUGACUUGACUUGCAACCAUUCAAAGUUACAACAGCACUGAAAAAAAGUGAUUUACAACCUUUUUUCACACGACCAUUACAGCAUCCCCAGAGUCUUGGGGUGGAUGCUUGGCAACUGACUCAUAUUUAUGAUUGUUCUGGUGUACCAAGGUCAUGUGAUCACUUUCCGAUAAGCAAAGUCAAUGGGGAAGCCAGAUUCACUUAACAACCAUGUUACUAACUUAACAACCACAGGUAUUCAUUUAAUAUCUGUGGUAAAAAAGGUCAUAAAACAGAGCAAAAUUCACUUAACUGUCUUGCUUAGCAACAGAAAUUUUGGACUCAAUUGCAGUCGUAAGUCAAGGACUACUUAUAGCGACUGAAGUUAAAGACAAUCAUAUCUUUAGAAGCACGAAGAUUAUACUUCUGCUGCUGAAAAUAUGAAAUAUCUGGCUUUUUAUUUUCUGAGGGGAAUGCAAAGGCUGGUUCCAAAGAUGUAUGUAAGUAUUUUUGGGUACAUAUCUGCUAAUGUCUAUGACAUCACAGAUGCCAAACUAUAUGUUCUCUUCAUCCUUGCCAAGACACUUUUAUCAAUGUUUUCAAAAGUCAUCUUCUUCCUCUGCUGUAGCCUGAAAGCCAAACAAGAUUUGAAAUUUGCUUUUUUUUAAUGACAAAGGUUAUACAUAUUGAUUAAAUAAAUGCACAAAAAUGCAUAAUGAGCUUUUGUGGAUAGUGAACAGAAAUAAUUGCAAAAUUAUCAUAAUUCCUGCUAAAUUUGUUCUUUCAGUUUUUCAUAUUUUUUCACUGAACAGAAUGCAUUUACAAUUCUCCGGGACAGGAUUCACAUCUGGCUUUAAAAAUGUUUUCAAAAGCAAUAACAAAGCAUUUCUCCACCUUUCAGUAGCCACCCCUUCCCCUUCCUAUCCUGAAGUAGGUUUCCGAUUUCCUUCCUUAGCCUUGUCUUUUUGAAGCUACACUGAGAUAUAAUCAUACGAGCAAUUAAGGGGAUAUUUUUCUGAAAACAUCACAUGCACAAGCAAUCUGGAUCUGUAGGCUUGUAUUCACCCACACUGCUCCCUUACUAUAAGCUCUACAAGUAUGAAUAGAGUUAAUGCAUAUUAAGAAAGAGUGGACUUUAAAAAAAACAAUGUUUUAAAUGAGAGAGGGAAAGUUUCUGUUUUAAUUUUAUUCUUUCACUUAAGAAGUUGCUGAAAUAAGACUGGCAUUCCCUAGAACUCUUGGUGGGGGGGAAAAACCCCUCAUAAAUGUAUAAUCGCUGUCAUUUUAUGUUUUCAGCAUGGAUGUCAUUAUCAGUGAUGAUGUCAUUAUUAUUAGUCAUUAAUCCUUUUGAUCUUUCUUCAGGAGUCAAAGAAAAACGUUUUAAUAUGGACAGAUUUUAAUCCAUCUUGCAGAUAGGCUGUUUAGGUACUAUUGACAUGCCCUGGUUUGGCCAGAGAUUCUACAGGCAAAUGCCAACUUCUUAAUUUAUUAAGAUGCAGAUUGGAGGAAGUUUUCCUGCAGAAGCAUGAUUGAAAUGAAUGGAAUUUAUGCUAUUCAAACAGGAGCACUUAUCUACUCUAAGCCUUUUUUAAAAAAAUAAAAAUGUAAGGAAGACCUUACUAUAAUGCAAUAAAAUUCAGGAACGUUAAAUAUUUAUAACCAAACGAAAAACAAACAAAAAAUCAACCAGCAAUUUUGAGACUACCAUUUUCAUAGGUUUUGACUUUGUCUUGCAGCUCUAUAGGACGACUAGAGGAAAACUUUCUUGAAGCAGAUUUCCCAUUCUCUCUCUAGGGACCUGUUCACUUUCCAGGAUCAAUACCCUUGUACCACAUACAGGUAGUCCUUGACUUAACAACAGUUCAUUUAGUGACCGUUCAAAGUUAAAACAGUACUGAAAAAAGUGACUUGUGACAGUUUUCACACUUAAAACCAUUGCAGUAUCCCUAUGGUCAUGUGAUGAAAAUUCAGAUACUUGGCAACUGACUCAUAUUUAUCACAGUUGCAGUAUCCAGCAGUCAUUUGCAACCUUCUGACAAGCAAAAUCUAUGGGGAAUCCAGAUUCAUUUAACAACCAUAUUACUGACUUAAGAACUGUAGUGAUUUGCUUACCAACUAUGGCAAGAACGGUCACAAAAUGGGGCAAAACUCAGUUAACAAAAGUCUCACUUAACAACAGAAGUUUCGGGCUCAGUUGAGGUGGUAAAUCGAGGACUUCCUGUACUGUUUAAGAGGCAUUGACAGGACAGGGGUUCCUAAAAUCUCCCAAAGCUUCUUAAACUGUGCAAUUGCAUGUAUGCCUACACAAAAAUAAGCCCCAUUACACGAUAAAUUUAGUUUAACAUACUCCCAGUUUGGCAUAAGGCUGCCUCAAUGAACUGAGUAAACCAAAGCUCAUAUUAGGAUGGUACCUCAGGGAACAAAAGCACAUGCUUAAAGAACAUCUCAUCCAAAGUCCUUGUCAGCUCCUAAUGUGCUUUUGGAGAAUGGAGCUCAAAGAGGCCUCAGUUUAACAUUCUGGACAUCCCUUCUCAGAUUAUGCAGUAGUGGACUAAAUUGAAGAUCGGCAAUUAGCACCUUUCGAAACAAAUAUGGCUGUGUAAUCAGGAUCAAGUCCCCAGGUUCCAGCCCACCAGCUGGAGGUAAUUUGAGAUGGUGGCAACAGGACUUACUGGCAAUUCAUGUUGAAAUUGUAUGACCAACACAUGAUUUGUCCAGUGGUGGGAUUCAAAUAAUUUAACAACCGGUUCUCUGCCCUAAUGAUUUCUUCCAACAACAGUUCACUAAACUGCUCAGAAAGUUAACAACCGGUUCUCCCGAAGUGGUGUGAACUGGCUGAAUCCCACCACUGGAUUUGUCCCUUUUGAAAGAAAUGGUGAUGUGGAAGACUGAUCUAGAGCUGCAUUCGGCAGCAAUUUCUAGUCAUUCCCCCCCGCCCCCCGCCUCCGUUCCCUCAUCCUGCCCCCCCCCUGCAAGGACACUAAUUCUGAGAGAAGAUUUUGCAUCAGAAUAAUCAUCAGCCCUAAGCAUUUGUGUGAAGAAGUUAGGUUUGUGCACAAAUGCAGCCCUAUCUUAAGUAUCCCUGUCCCAACCUGAAAUUCUAGUCUGCCACAGAGGCUUUCUAACUUCUGUCCCAAUGUCAACAACAACAACAAUCGAGCUGUAAUGUGAGAACAAAGGAGUGCUGGGAGGCUUGCAGGGAGUGGAUUUCUGAGAUUGGGGCAUCUCUAAGAGAGAAGCGAUGAAAAGCAGGAAAGGUGGCAAUGCCUUCAAGGAGAAAGCCAGAAGUGGGUGUUUCCUGCUUGCAUAGCUGGUUCCAGCCUGGAACCGUGAUUCACCCAGCAUGAUGUGUAGGAACAUGCCAUAGGAGGGUGAGAGGAGGAUGUUUUUAUGAAUCAGAAUGAGAUGCAGGCGUGGGAAUCAUUUCCCUCCUCAGGCACAGGCAGUGCAGUCCAAAGUUCUAGAGGUAAUUUAAAGAACCUGCCUUUCUUUGCUCCAGAAUACAUGUUCUGGAGGAGCGAGUUCCUGCAUGCAGCUCAUUUAGCAACCAUGAUUGGGACCAGCAGUUGGUCACUAAGUGAAGCCAUUGCUAAGUGAAACUGCAAAUGUGCUCAUGAUCUUACUGCAGUUUUCCUUUGCUUUACAGACCUGCAAAGGUCGUAAAUGGAAGAAUUAAUCCUAAUCACCAUUGUAACUACAAAUGAUUGCUAAACAAAGAGAUGUUACAAACAACUGGUAUAGCAAAGGCAAGGAAAAAUGUGCAGGGGUAGAAUAACAAGAAGCUAUGAGUUACCUGCCUGUCAAUAUACCUUUAGCAGUUAAGCAAAUUAUAUGAGGAAUUAUUUAAAUAAAGUAGGAUAAUAAAUCCAUCAUUCAUUCUCUCUCUCUCUCUCCCUCCCUCAACCACCUAAGUAGAUCGUUGGCCUGCCUGCUCUAAAGUAAGUCCCAUUAAGUUCAACAGGACUCCAAUGUUUGUCAAAUCUUGCAAUCUUAAACUAUGAAACCAUGUAUGUUUAUGCUGCUUGUCAUAGUCAUGAAGUAUCACCAUGUUUUUGCUGUAUAUGUAUGUGCGUGUGUAAUUGUUAAUAUGGGCGUGCCAGUUGAUGUGAAUAUGUGACAUAUUCCUGAUGCCUGCAUUGACAUCAAUAUACAGUGAUGUAAAUGCCACCCAUAUCUACACUUAGGCUGGUGUCUAAGCGUAUUUGUCUUUAGGUGAAGGGGCAUGGCGUAAUGCCCAUCUUUGGCAAGAAGGAGCUCUGCUGUCACAUUUCUGUACUCAUGAAGGGAUGCUAUGCACCAAAUGUCUGGCUCUCUCUUCCCUUGGCUAGAGUUUGUACUUGCCAUCUCGCUUUCACUCCUUCUGUGUGUUCAAAUCUAGGGUGAGACCUUUGGCUGUUUUCCAUCAGAGACUGAUCAGUUCCUCCUUUAUUGGGAGGCUGACCCCUCCCAAGCAACCGACUCCAUUCACUUCUUAUCAGUAACAAUCACGUUCCCAUUGAUUGCAGGUGAUCUUGAAAGAGAAAAUACAAGCAAAAUUGCUUAUUGAUAUUAAUAUUAUCAAAAGUUUAAGGUGACAGAGAACGAGUAUUGCUCAGGCUGUGACGAUUUAAUUCACUGUUGUUUCUGCUGAUAGAUUUUUCAAGGUCUUGUAGGGCUUCCAAAAUCUAUAAAAACUUGUUUUAGUAGAGCAAAAUGGAUGUGUAUGUAUUUGUGUGUUUGUAUACAUCCUCAUAAGUAAUAUUGGUUAACUUAAAUUAUCCAUCCUUUGCUAUUAUCUCCAUCCCCAAGCCUUGAUUAGUUGAGUUGCUAUACAUACAUUGCAAUUUGAACAAUUUGUGUUUUGUGUAUGUUUUGAACCAAUAUACCGAGAUUUCCUUAUCAUUUGAAUUUUGUACAUUUCUGAAUUACUGUUUUAAAAAUGCACUUUUUCAAAUUUUGUGGUGCCACAAGUUUGUACAUAUUCGUUUAUGCAUAUAUUCAUGAAAAUGAUGUACACAAAUUUAUCAUAUUAAGAAAUUUUGUUUGCAGAAGCUAUGUAACAUUAGGCAAAAUCAUCGACCAAACGCAACCAAAAUUGGAUAAAUGUUUACCAUGCUACAUUCAGAUUUUGAUGGAAACUUGGGGGGGUGGGAAACCCUCAAGUUUGACAAAUCAGACUUGACCAAUCUGCAAAAACCAAGAAUCAGAGAAGCUGACAAAAUUAUAAAAAUCUAGUCUGAGAGAAAAUGAAAUAUUUCCCUAUCCAUUAUAAUCUAUGCCCAAAUUGAAAUAUACCUAUACAUUCAUUCUA